AUGCCGCUCGAGUCGUCGACAAAAGGCGCCCGCAGGUGCGCCGCGUCAAUCCGGCAGGGCACUGCUCAGCUGCAGCUCACAUUUUCUCUUCAACGUUGCUGUUUCUCGACGGCUGCUGCUGGGCGGGUGCGGAUGCUCGCGUCCAGAGCUUUUCAUAGCAUAUCUCCGGAAGAAGGAAAAAGUCCUCGCUCUCGUGGACUGCGACGUGCAUCCUCUUGGAACCGGCGGGGUGUACUGUGGCUCGUUGCGAUCGCUUUUUUUGGAACAGGAUUUCUUCUGGGUCUGCUGUGUGCGCCGAGCGUGUCACCGUUUCGGCGUUUCGGGGCGGAAAGCGUCGAUUCAAGUACAGACGCGGUGGACCAAGAGAGAGCGCACGUCCAGGGUCGUCGAGACCUAUCGGAGGCAGGCACGUCCGGGCGCUCUGCUGUGGAGGUUGUUGCGGCGGCGCUGCUGGCAACCCAGAACCCGACAGACUGCGCCAAGGCCCGAUACCUGAUUGUAGACGAGUUUUCCGAUCAGCAUGGACUUGGUUUCAGUCUGAUCACGGUGUUCAAGUUCCUUUAUGUUGCGCAUGUCGAACGGCGCGUUCUGCUGCUCCUGCCGUCAUUCACGUCUUACCCGUGGCGUUGGUGUCAUUGGCCGCCUGCAUCGUACGGUUGCUAUUUCGAGGACGUCACGUACUGCGCAACGCGGAUGCAGUUCGACCAGGCGCUCCGCGACCGCGUCAUUCCACGGAACUGGAGCGCGAUCCCCGACUGGAAGGGCAUCGAAUCCAUCGAUGAACGGGUGGUGAUUUUCCGACAAAAAUAUCUCUCGCGUGCCCGGAUCGAAAGUCGCGCAAUCUACCAGGCCUGGAGCAUGUUCGAGCACGCCUUUGGCAGCGGACUCAAGAAAUACGGGCGAUUCUUCUACUACGCUGUUGCGCAGCGCGUGCUGCUGCAACCCAAGGUUUGGUUGGAGCACGCUGCGCUUACCCAACGCGAGCGCUGGAGUCUAGAGCAGAACAACCCGCUCGUGGUCGUGCAUGCUCGACACGGAAGCAAACACAUCGAGCAAAAGCAUAUCCCGGUUUCGGAGUUGGCUGCGAGCGCGCUUGCUUUUUGUGAGUGCCUCGGCGUGCGCGACAUUUUACUGAUCACCGAGACCGAGCGCGUCAUUGUCGACUUCAAACGAGCCGUGCAGCAUGCACCAGUGCGCGUCCUCUACACAGAGUAUUGGCGCCCAGAAGGCGAUGUCUGGAACAAGAAUCUGGUGGGUCAGCUCAAGCUGAAACCCGUGAACGAUUCCGUGAUCGACGUCAUCGCGUACCAUUCGAUUCUGAAUCUGCUGUUGGCUCGGACAGGCGUGGCUUUUGUGGGCACCAUCCAGUCUGCCUUUUUGAAGUUGCUAGUGAGCACCGCAUAUGCGCACCAGAAAGCACCAGUCAGUAUCCAUAGCUUGCGCGCUGGAUGGCGAAUCAGGGACGGGUACCCUGCAGCGGAUGCCAAGUACUGGAGUUUCGACCCGUGCCGCUUACCACAUCCAUGUGAACACGUGGCGCUACCCUGCUCCAAAAACGGGAAGGGAUUUCCAAGGCGAAGCAUGAGUCAAGCAACCGACUUUUCGACGCGACCGGCCGAUAUCGACCACGAGCCGUCGCAGCUGCACGAAUGA